AUGUCUGUUUUAAAAGUUAAUCAAUUAAUUUUGAAAAAUGCCCCUGAAAAAUCAAUUAAUUCAAAUUUAAAUGAAUCAAAUUCAACUUAUGAAUUAAAAGAAGUUUUGCUACCAGAUUUAAAAGAUGGUGAAGUAUUAAUUAAAACAUUAUAUUUAUCAAAUGAUCCAACACAAAGAUCAUGGAUGAGAAAACCAGGUAAUAAAACAAAAUCAUAUUCAAUUCCAGUUUAUGAAGGAACUGCCAUGGCAUCAUUAGGUUUAGGUGAAAUUGUUGAAUCAAAAUCUUCAAAUUACAAUAAAGGAGAUAUAAUCAAUGGUAGAAUAUAUUGGGGAGAUUAUUCAAUUAUCCCAGAUAAAGCUAUUUUCAAUAAAGUUGAUAAUUCUCAAAAUUUACCAUUAGAAUAUUAUUUAUCAGUUUUAGGUAUGACUUCAUUAACUGCAUUAUUUGGUUUAAUUGAAGUUGGUAAAUUAAGAAAAAAUCUUGGAGCAGAAUCAGGAAAAGGACCAAUUGUUGCUGUUUCUGCAGCUUCAGGUGCUGUUGGUUCAGUUGUUGUACAACUUGCUAAAAAUUUAUUAGGAGCAAGAAAAGUAAUUGGUGUUACUGGUUCGGAUGAGAAAGUUAAAUGGGUUAAAGAAUUAGGUGCUGAUUUAGCUGUUAAUUAUAAAAAUUCAGAUUGGAAAAAGCAAAUCGUUGAAGAUUUAGGUGAUGAAGAAAUUGAUGUUUAUUUUGAUAAUGUUGGCGGUGAAAUUUUAUCAUUCUUUUUAACACAAGUCAAACAAAAAGGUUCAGUAGUUGCUUGUGGUGCAAUUAGUGGUUAUAAUGAUAAUUCAAAAUUUGCAGUUACUACAUGGCCAUAUAUUAUAACUCAACGUAUACAUGUUGAAGGAUUUAUUGUUAGUGAUUUCAUUGACCAAUUUCCUGAAGCAGUUGGUAUUUUAACUAAAGCUAUUAAAGAAGGCGAAUUGAGAACAACAGAUGCUUAUCAUGUUGAAGAUAUAAAAGGUGAUUUGGCCAAAAUUCCAAAAGUUUGGGAAUUGUUAUUCUCAGAUGCUAAACCAAAUGGUAAAUUAAUUACCAGAGUCUAG